AACUUUACCGAUUUUGCGUACAUCACUACUGUCAACUGUCAAACUACACGCUUAGCGGCCAUCUUUAAUAUCGAAAUCUGUCGGUAUUGUUGAUUGUAUAUUAAGCAAAUUUUCAGACUUUCUGGUGAAUAUUCGACAUCCAAAUUCAUUAUUUUGUUGAUUAAAUAACUAUAUAAUUCAAAAUGUGUCCCUAAACACAUCAACAUUACAGUGUAUGUGACAAUUCUGUGUCCCAUUAAACUUCUUUUUUUACUGUGCGAUUUUUCGGCAUAACUCCGUAAGAAACCUUUAUUGAAGCUUUAAUAAGCGUUAAUAAUGUCUAACGUGAGCUAUGAUCUUGAUACGUCAGGCGGUCUUAUGCCGCUUAUAAAGGCGUUGAUUAAGCCGCCAGACGAGGAGGUGAAUAACCAGAAGAGCAAGAAACCCCAGCAUCCUUAUUACAAGAGGCCUGGCAAAGGUCAUAACCGCGAUUCCUGUGAUGCGUGCGGCGAAGGCGGGGACCUUAUCUGCUGCGACCGCUGUCCGGCUAGUUUCCAUCUUGGUUGCUAUGACCCACCGCUGGAUGCAAACGACAUCCCAGCCGGACUGUGGCUGUGCCGCGAAUGCCAGGGCUCCGACGAGCAGCCCCCCUCCGCGCGCAGCAGCCGCGCCGUCUCGCCGGCCGACAGCAAGGACUCCGACAAGAAGACCAGGUCCCUUCGCAACCGUUCAAACUCCACCAAGAAGACUGAAGAAGAUGAGAAAGACAAGGACAGCAAGGAGAGAGAGAAGGAAGAUAAGGAGCUGACCCCUAUGGAGAUCCUCGUGAAGGCAGCCAAAGUGAUGAACCCGCGCCAGUUCGAGCUGCCCAGGGAGAUGCGUGUGCCUUGUCCUUUCCCUGGGACUGAAAAAGAAAACGGCAAUGGCAACGGCAAGAACGGCAACGGCCUAGUGACGGUGGAUGCUUGGGGCUGCGUGCCUCUACCGGCUAAGUCCUGUUUCGUGUGUCGCGGCACUUGCAAAGCAGCUCCGCUGUUGGCUUGCGACUAUUGCCCGCUACUGUUCCACCAGGAUUGCCUGGACCCGCCGCUGACGGCGUUGCCGACCGGCCGUUGGAUGUGCCCCAAUCAUGUGGAACAAUAUAUCGAUUGGAAGCUGGUGAACUCUGUGUCGGCGUCGGAGCGCGUGGCGCUGUGGGAGCGGUUCUCGGCCCCGCCAGACCAGCAGGCCAUCAAGAUUGACUUCAUUCGCCGCGCGAGGGCGCACAGACCGCCCUUCAGGGUAAAGGUGCCAGUGGGUGUACGCGGGCGUGUUGUCGUGCCCGGUAUGGUACGACAACACUACGCGGACCCGCCGCCCCUGCAGCCCAGUCGUCGCGAAUACGUUCGCUGUAGAAACGUACUCAAAAACCUGCAAGCCACCAGCGACUAUGAGGCGUCUGAUGAGGACGAGGAUGCCCCCAAACACACCAUCUGCUUGAACCUGUCGUGCACCAAGCACAACGGGGAGCCUCAACCGCGGCCCGCGGACCUCAAGGGGGCCAGCGAGGAGGACGCCGCUGAUGAUCUCAAGGCCAUCACACAGCCUAAGGAGGAAGCCGCAUCUACGGAAAGCGACCACUCAGACUCGGACAUAGAAUACGAAUUUCCCGUGAAGCGACGACGCGAGACCCCCAGCGGGGAGGACGUGUUGCGGGCCGCAGUUGACGACCAGCUCAAGAAGCUCGACCAGAGCCUGAUCAAGCUGCUGGCGUGGCAGAGGCUACAGCAGAUCCUGGUGGGCGAGCAGUGCCACGGGCCGUGGUCGCGGCUGCCGCUGUCUCCCUCGGUGUCGGCGCUGGUGCAGGCCGCCGUGCCUCGCGCGCGCCUCGCCAAGCACGGCUACCGGCACGUGGCGCUGCCCUCGGAGCUGCUGACCCGCGCGGAGCGGGAGCGGAUAGCCCGCGCCGUGUGGGGCGCCGCGCCGCCGCCGCCGCGCGUGCCCACACGCGAGGGGCCCCCCGAGGCGGUAUACAAGCACGGCUACCGGCACGUGGCGCUGCCCUCGGAGCUGCUGACCCGCGCGGAGCGGGAGCGGAUAGCCCGCGCCGUGUGGGGCGCCGCGCCGCCGCCGCCGCGCGUGCCCACACGCGAGGGGCCCCCCGAGGCGGUGCUGCGGGCCGCCGCCUGCCCCGUGCUCAGACCCGCUGCUGACCCGCGCGGAGCGGGAGCGGAUAGCCCGCGCCGUGUGGGGCGCCGCGCCGCCGCCGCCGCGCGUGCCCACACGCGAGGGGCCCCCCGAGGCGGUGCUGCGGGCCGCCGCCUGCCCCGUGCUCAGACCCGGCAGGUAUACAAGCACGGCUACCGGCACGUGGCGCUGCCCUCGGAGCUGCUGACCCGCGCGGAGCGGGAGCGGAUAGCCCGCGCCGUGUGGGGCGCCGCGCCGCCGCCGCCGCGCGUGCCCACACGCGAGGGGCCCCCCGAGGCGGUGCUGCGGGCCGCCGCCUGCCCCGUGCUCAGACCCGCUGCUGACCCGCGCGGAGCGGGAGCGGAUAGCCCGCGCCGUGUGGGGCGCCGCGCCGCCGCCGCCGCGCGUGCCCACACGCGAGGGGCCCCCCGAGGCGGUGCUGCGGGCCGCCGCCUGCCCCGUGCUCAGACCCGGCAGGUAUACAAGCACGGCUACCGGCACGUGGCGCUGCCCUCGGAGCUGCUGACCCGCGCGGAGCGGGAGCGGAUAGCCCGCGCCGUGUGGGGCGCCGCGCCGCCGCCGCCGCGCGUGCCCACACGCGAGGGGCCCCCCGAGGCGGUGCUGCGGGCCGCCGCCUGCCCCGUGCUCAGACCCGGCAGAUUUCCCGUGAAGCGACGACGCGAGACCCCCAGCGGGGCGGACGUGUUGCGGGCCGCAGUUGACUACCAGCUCAAGAAGCUCGACCAGAGCCUGAUCAAGCUGCUGGCGUGGCAGAAGCUGCAGCAGUUACCUAAAAUUGUCUUAAUAUUAAAACUAGCCAUAUUUCCUUACAGGUCGGGGCUAGGUGACGGUCUAGGCCGGCCAAUACCCAUGCGGCUGUCUCGCCUGACCUUCGGUGCUGACUCCAGCUGCGAUGUAGUCCUCGACCCUACCCAGUGUCGCUACGUGUCGCGUCUGCACGCCACCAUAUUCUAUGACGAGGUGACCCGUCACUUCGAACUAAUCAACUACUCAGAAUGGGGCUCCCGAGUAGACGGAGUGUUAUACACCAUGGAUGUCUCCGAGCGAGAGGCCCCCGUUGUGGACGACGAGGCCGAAGCCCGAGCCAAGGCCGUCAGGGACGUCGUGAGACACCGGAUGCAGUCAGGGACGGCCAGGGUGCAGAGUGCCCCCGCCAGCGCGGCGUGCCCCCCCUGCCGCUGCUCGCCCCCUCCCCCCGCCCCCGCGGCGUGGGAGGGGGGCGCGCUGGUGGCGCACGGCGCGCUGCUGCAGCUCGGCUGUCUCAUGUUCGUGUUCAGCGUGCCCGAGCCCCGCGCCUAGUCCUACCGGAGCGACAACCACCA